GAGUAAGCUACAACUCCAUAAUACUUUGAACACGUUCAAUAUGAUAAUCAAUUGGCAAUAUUGGACUGCAUUUCUGUUGGCAACAAUCUGCUGUUUCUUCCUCCAUGAAUUGUCACAGACGAGAAGGCGAAAAGGGUUGCCUCCAGGUCCAAGAGGGCUUCCAAUCUUGGGGAAUUUACACGAGUUAGGGAAGAACCCUCAUCAAGAUUUGUGCAAAUUGGCCCAAAAACAUGGUCCAAUUAUGCAUAUGCGAUUUGGAAACGUCCCAACAAUUGUGGUCUCAUCCGCUGAAGCAGCUGAGAAGUUCCUCAAGACUUAUGAUCAUGUUUUCGCAGGUAGGCCUUACCACGAGGGCUCCUGGUACAUUAGUUACGAGGGAAGGAGCCUGGUUUUCAGUCCGUAUGGUCCUUAUUGGCGUAAAAUGCGCCAACUCUGCAAUCUGCAUCUUCUCACUAGAAACAGAAUUAGUUCAUUUGAGCCAAUGAGAAGAAAAGAGGUUGGUUUAUUCAUUGAAUCGCUGAAAAGGGCAGCUUCUGAUGGUGUUGAUGUUGAUCUUACAACCGCAAUGUGGUCUUUGGGUGCGAAUAUGAGCUGUUUGAUGAUAUUCGGGAAGAAGUAUUUGGACAAGGAUUUUGAAGAUAAGAGAUUUAGUGAUGCGGUUAGAGAAGCUCUGCAUCUUUCAGCACAGCCUAACAUUGGUGAUUAUUUUCCUCUGCUUCGGUCGCUAGACCUUCAAGGCUUCACGCGACGGUUUAAGCGUAUCGCCAAAAUUUACGAUGAUCUCCUUGAAAAAAUCAUUGAUGACCAUCUAAAAUCUCCAGGGCGCGAGGAAGCAAAUGACUUUGUAGACAUCUUGAUGGAUCUAAUGGAAUCUGGAAAAUUCGAGUUCGAGUUUGAUCGUCGUCAUGUCAAAGCUCUUCUACUGGAAAUGCUCAUAACCUCAAUGGACUCAACGAUGGCAACAAUUGACUGGGCAAUUACAGAGCUUCUCAGGCAUCCUGACAUUAUGAAGAAGCUCCAAAGAGAAAUAGAAGGGAAAGUUGGAAUGGGAAGAAUUGUGGAGGAAUCUGACCUGGAAGGCCUAAUGUAUUUAGAUAUGGUUGUGAAAGAAUCCAUGAGGCUCCAUCCUGUGGGAACAUUAGGCCUUCCUCAUGAAUCCAUAGAGGACUGCACAGUAGAUGGCUUCCAUAUCCAGAAAAAUACGCGACUAAUCAUAAACAUAUGGGCAAUCGGGCGUGAUCCAAGCGUUUGGCCUGACCCCGAGAGUUUCAUCCCUGAAAGGUUCGUUGGGAGCAAUGUUGAUCUCCGAGGGCAAGACUUCCAACUUAUACCCUUCGGUUCUGGAAGAAGAAGUUGCCCUGGUUUGGCGUUGGCGCUUACCGAUGUUCGCUUUGUGUUAGCACAAUUGGUGCAUUGCUUUGAUUGGAAACUUUCUGAUAACAUUCAGCAUAGUGAUUUGGAUAUGUCUGAGGCAUUUGGUAUAGUGACAACCAGAGCUCAGCAUUUAAGGGUUGUUCCCAUUUAUAGGUUGCAGAAGUAGUCAAGAAUGUGGAAUUAUUAUGCUGUUCAGUUUCUCCAAUAAUGUUCUGUGUUCUAGAGAAGUGUCUUGGUCAUGGACUCUUCCCUUUCAAUUUUCUGAAAGUUCUUGAAUAAUUUGUGCUGCUUUUUAUCC